AUGGGUGCGAGCGCCCGCCGCGGGGCUGUGAUGGCAAUGGCCUUGGUGUUCCUUGUCCAAACAGUUGUGGCGUCGGUGUACACCAUCCACAAUGCCCAGAUGUCUGCAGCUUUUUCGAAUCCGUUCGACUUCGCUCUUCAGCGGGCCGAGAAAAUGUUUGCCACGGACAAGGGUCCCUUCCUCGGCGUGUAUGGUGAAUCCCGCAUCGAUCUCGAGAUUGAAGGGUUGCACGUCACGCCCAACAUGGACGGGUGGAAGGUCGUGGUUUUCCACUACCACGCGGACGACCUGUCGUUCUUGACAAGCAUGGAAGAGAACAUUUACAUGUUUGCAUGCUCGCCGGAGAAGCAGAUCUUCUCGACCGACGGCAGCAACCACUUUUCGCGCGAAGAGUUCAUGGUGAUGAACCGCCUUUUGAUGGCCAAGACGUCAUACAAGGUACUCACGAGUGGCUGGAUCGACACCGUCGUCGUCGUGUGCACGAAAGAAGGGAGCCGCGCCGAGGAUGCACUCAACUUUACCGGCACGCUGACUGUGCGAAACCCGUAUGGUUUGUUGCCGGCGGUGUUUUACGGCCUCUUGCCGUUCAGUGGGUUCCUCGCACUCGGGUAUCUCGUGCUGGCCAUCUUUUUCGGACUGCUUCUAGUGUGCUACCGCAAGACGCUCAUCCGCCUCCAGCAUGGCAUUUUUUCCGUGCUGGGACUAGGUGUCGCGUCCAGCAGCAUUUGGUUUCUCGCGCUGACUCAAAUGAACGACCAAGGCGAGCCGUUCCGGUGGCCGUUGCCGCCGCUAUAUAUCACGGCGGUUGUGUUCGACGUGGGUAUGCGCACCUUCGCGCGGUCGUUGCUCCUGGUCGUGUGCCUCGGGUACGGCAUCGUGCGAAACUUUCUUCCGCCCGUCCAAAAAUGGCUCAUCGUGGUGCUCUCCGUGGCGUACUUUGGCACGGGUGUUGGCGACGAUUUGUGGCGCGACGGGUUGCUGGAUUAUCAAAGUGCGCACCGCCGCCCGAGCGUGUGGUCUUUCCUCCAGUUGCUGUGCAACUUGUCGUUCGUGCUGUGGAUCUAUGUCGCCCUUGAAACGAUCUUGAAAGAGCUCCAAGUCCAAAAACAGUCGGCCAAGCUCAACAUGUACAAGUCCCUCGCGUGGGCUUUGGGUGGCUUCGUCGUAUUCUUUGCCAUCUUGACCAUCGUAUCGGUCUGCGGUCGCUUUGGUGUGUUUGAGUGGAAAAUCGAGUGGGAAUGGAUGCAGCUCGUGGCAUGGCCGGUCCUCAACUUUAUUGUGUCGCUCGCGAUGUGUGUGAUCUGGCGGCCCACGGCCCGGUCGUCCCAAUUUGCGUUUUCAACCCAGCUGCCCAUGACGGAAGCCGCAGACGACAGUGACGACGAGACCGAUGUCGAAAUGGCGUCGGCCCGCCGCAGCGUGCCACCGACGUUUACGAAGUCGAGAGCGAGGCCGAAGAGCCCGAAGGCGAACGCGCCAACAUCAAGCAGGAUCUGGAGCUGCCGCCCGUCGCUAUGA